ACGAUGCUGCCCAGCGCCGUGGCGACCCACCCCGGCUCCUACUGGGAUGUGGUGGCUUCCUCGGCGCUUCUCAACCUCCCGGCGGCGCCCGGCUUUGGCAACCUGGGCAAGAGUUUCUUGAUCGAGAACUUGCUCCGAGGCGGCAGCGCCCCGACGACCGGGACGGCGCACGGCGUGCAGCCGCCGCCCCCACCCCAGGGUCUGGCGGCCACCCUAGCCCCCGCCCCGGGCGCACAGCUCCGGCCCUUGCCUGCCAGCCCGGUCCCCCUGAAGCUCUGCCCUCCGGCCGCCGCCGAGCAGCUCAGCCCCGCCGCGGGGACGUCCUACGGCACGCGAUGGGCGUUUCAGGUGCUCAACCCUUCGGUGACCGACGGCCCUAGGCUGCCGGGCCGGGCCUUCCCGUCUGCAGCCCCAGGUGAGCGCGAUUAAAAGUAUGAGCCACCAGCACCUGCACCUUCCAAACCUUUUCUUCUGAGCAUCCCUCCAUUCUACUCGGCGUGCUGUGGGGGGUCCUGCCGGAGUCCUGCAUCCCCCACCGCUUUUCCAAGAGAGGAGACGGUGCUACCUCUGCUGACCCAGGACUCCAGUUCCAAAGCUCGGAGGGGCAUUUUGAGAAGAGCUGUGUUUUCAGAGGAUCAGAGAAAGGCUCUGGAGAAAAUGUUUCAGAAACAGAAAUAUAUUAGCAAAACAGACUGAAAGAAGCUUGCUGUCAAUCUGGGACUAAAGGAGUCACAGGUGAAAAUUUGGUUUCAGAACAGAAGGAUGAAAUGGCGGAAUUCCAAAGAGAAGGAAGUACUUUCCAGCCGCUGCCUCCAGGCCCCGAGCCUUCCAGAAGCCCCCCUCUCACACGCGUCCCUGGGGUUUUCAUCCCAGUGUCCUUCAGUAUGGGAGGUUUCCCAACAACCCUCAAGUCCUGGAUGGAGGGAGGAAUCUCCAGAAUCCUCAGAAACACUCCUGCAGGGGAGUUGGCACGCCUCACCCCCCGAAGCAGAUUGCCUGCCAGGUGCCUUGUACUUGUGCUCUGGGAGAGAUACUGUGGACAAGGAAGACAUUUCUGAAGCUGUCUGA